GACAAACAUAGAAAUGUGAUCCAUAGAAAACGCAAAUUCAAUAUUGUUAUCUGUGAUAUUCAAUUCAUGUUAAUUCCAGAAAAUUCAAUGUGGCUCUCAAUUGAGCAUUAUUGCAAAAAGAAAUAUUCGUUUCAGAAGUUUUUGAAAAAGUUGAGGGUUGUUUUGAAAAAUUAUAUCAUUCUGUUAAAGUGUUGAUGAGCUUAUAAUCACAAGUUUCAUCUCUUCAUACCCUUAAAAAAACAAAUAUUUCCAUGUCUCCACAAAAAAAGUGUGCAGUUCCUGGGUGUUAUGUUGAUCAGUCAUGUUCAGGUAUAAGAUGGUUUAAUAUUCCUGAACACAAUUCCCUAACUUCUUCUGUUCAAAAUGGUAAAACUGUUUACUACAGUAGAAGAAGGAUUUGGUUGGAGAAGCUAGGGAUUUCUGAUGGGCCUUCAGAAAGACUCGCUAAUGUAUGUUCAUUGCAUUUCAAAGAAGAAGAUUUUACUGAUCCUCAAGAAGGUGCUAUCCUGAAAGAAGAUGCUAUACCUAGCCAAAAUUUACCCAAUAGAGCUCAAUCAGAUGUUGUUGCCACUCAACUUGAAACGAACGAAAGUCAGGAAAUCAAAAAAAAUAUAAAUGAUAUAGAGACUGUGGAGAAAAGUGAUGAAGAUGAUGAUGUUGAAAUAAUAGAACCACAUAGAGAAAUUAUUACUGUGGACGAUGAUGACGUUGAAGCUGAUUCAUAUGAUAAGGCUAUGGAGAAUGAUACAGGUGUAAAGUCGGAGAAAACUGUAGCAUUUAAUAAUGUCAAAGGACAAGAGACAGAGAGCAGUGGUAAUCUUAUGUGUAUGAGUCCAGAAGCUAUAACACAUUCUCUUAAGCAUGCUAUAACAAAACAAUCAGUCACUAAACCAGAGGCAAUUCCAUCAGGAAAAAGUUUACUUAUCAAGAAGAGGCGCAUAAAUGAAAUGGAAUCAAAAGAUUUAAAAAAUAGCAAUGUGUGUCAUUAUAUGACUCCAAAUGGUAGAAAGUAUUUGAUUAAAAUGGCUAAAGUAGAACCUUCAACAGCAGUGACUACUGCAGGCGUCUCCAACUCUCAAAACCGGCAUAAAUUGAUUAAGUUUGAUAAGGAACAUCUACAAAAUGAAUUGUCUCGCAUCCAAAACAAAAGAGGUUCUUUGUUAACUGAUGCUGAUUUGUCAGAGGCUCUGGCACUAAAAUUAUCUGAGAAGGUAAAGCAGACAGCCCAACGAAAAGGUCCAUUAGGAAAAGACUUUAUAUCAAAACCAUCUAACAAAAGUCCGUCUUCUAUGUUGAAAGGAAUUCGAAUAGUUGAUGUGCAUCAAUCUAAUAAUUACCAGCCAAUAAAAAAUAAUAAUGAAAGUACUUCUUCUCUAAAAUUUGGAAAAGGACAAGUUGUUCAAGUUGGAACGAAUUUAGUGGGGCAAAAAAUUAAUAUUUUAUCUCCAAAAAAAGGCCUUAUAUCACUACCUAAUGGACUUCUUGGGAAAAUCAUUCCUCAUAAUCCAAUUCCUUCGCUUAUGAAAAUGCCCCAAGCUGGGCGACUAUCUGCAGGAGAUAAAGUAGCAAUACCCAGACUAAACAAUAAAAAAAAGGAGGGAUCUAAUACACCAACUCAACAGGUCGAAAAGGACAAUAACUUCAAGUAUGUUAAUAUUGAAGAAAUUAUAAAGAAUAAAAUUGUAAAGGAUGAACCUUUGGAAGAAUCGGAUAAGGAAGAUUUUUUUCUGGUUCAAGCCACUAAAGAGAAAGGUGAGCAAACGGAUCUACCUAUUGGUAUUGGUGAAAUUUAUAACUACAUCCAGAAGAACAUGAUUGAUUUUACUUAUGAGGUAUUUGGGAAAAAGUAUGUACUGAGUCAAUGCGCUUUGCAUUUCAGACCGGUUGAUAGUAGAUGCAUUGAAGAGGAAAAUAUUGUUUUUGUUUCUGAUAUGAACAUGACCAGUACUGAUACAACGUUAUUAAGUGGAAUGAAUUUCAGCAUUCAUGGUUCUACUCCACUAUCUGAAUACCAGGAUGUUGUCAAAAAAGUCUCUCAUAAGCAUGAAAUAAUUGCUAAAGCUUUCAAGCAAAUGAAGACAAACAACAUGACGAAGAACAGUAAUAUUGACAAUAAAUCACAGACUACAGAAAGAGAGAAAGUUGUGAUAACUCCAAAAUGUUUAAACACAGAUAACAAUAGUGAAAGAAAAAGGCAGGCGAAACCCCUCCCUAAAAAACAAGCAAAAAAGAAUACUAAUGGUAAUGUUACUGUUGUUGAAAAAGAUCAAAAAAUUGUGAUAACCCCAACAUUUUUGGUCACAAGUGAGAAAAACAUGAAUGAACUGCCCACAGUUGGCAUUAAAACAUUUGAAGCGCAUGAAAAAAAAAUCGAUAAGGAUCAAAUGAUUAUCAAAAAGAAGAGGAUACCUAAGUCGUCAUUAUCACGUUCUAGGAGAAUGAUGAGAUUACCCUCUCUCAUCUCCCAGAUGCAGCCUGCCUUAAGAGGAAGGUUGCCAGUUGAUAGGAACCGAUUCAGGAAAAAUAAAAGACUUGGUAUUGAAUUGGAAAAGGAAAUAAAAACCCCGGAAAAAACAUCUACCCUAGAGGCCAUGGAAAUCGAUAAUAAUGAAGGAAGGGUCCAAGAAAUUCCAAAAUGCAAGAAGAUACAACAAGAAAGGAAUUUUCGUCGUGUGUCGAGCUCAUGGCAAGAAGUCACUGCAUUGAUUUGUUCAAGGAUUUCAAAAAACAUCGAUUUCAUCUGUAAUAGUCGAAUUAUAAUUCGAUAGACAAUUAUCAAAAGUGGAAAAGUCGAACUUUUCUAGCAUGCAUUUAUUAUUUUAUGGGUUUCCUUGUUUCGUAAUGAAAAUUGUUCCAAAAAGUGAUUGAUGACAUUGCAUUAAAAGUAAUCUUGUCAUUCAUGGUAUGUCACAAAUCAGGAAUUCGAAGUCUAAAUGCGAAAUUUCGUGAAAAAAUCAUAUGGAUACAAAUUUGAACAAGCGCGUAAAAGUUCCCAACUUCACACCAGUGCUUUCCUAUUUUUUUUUAUCUGCCUCUUCCAUUCCCCACUUUCUGACUCCAAAAUUCUGACCUCCAAGUCGUUCUUACUUUAUUCUAUUCCACAAACUCGCCUAAAUAUCCUAAAGGGGUUUAAUAUGAAAAGUCCACGAUUUUGACAGCUUUCAUUUUUUAACACUAUUUUCAAAAAAAUCUUACUCGUAAUUAAGAUGCAUCUUACUCGUAAUCAACUCCCUUUCUACAACGAUGUUGUCACCAUCAGAAACUAAAUUCAAACUAAAAUCUAGGAAUAUAUUUUUUAUUGUUAUGUUAAAAUUAGAAAUUUAUGUAUAUUUCCAGUACUUGAAGUAGAAGGAAUUUGCACAAAUAGUAAAGAAAUUUCAAUGUCAUAAGGAAAUUUUUUUACAUAAUUUUUUAAGCUCUUGUGUCCAGUGUCCAUAUUUCACACAUAAUCUGUUUAUGAUUAGGUUUGGCUAGGUCUAUAAGACUUGGAAUAUAAGAUUUCCUUCUCAUUUAUAAUUUCUGGGUAUAAAUGAUUUUAAAUUGAAUUAAUUAAUCAAUUACAUCAAGUUUAUUCAGCAGAGCAAAUUGAUUGUUCCCCCAUACUCAAGCGUCAUCGAGUUUAUUUGGGGCUUUCCAUUUUGUCAGUUCACCUCAAAUAUCGAACAAUGAAAAAUUCUCUCCUAAGUUUUAUAUUUCUAAUGGAAUUUCAUCAGUCACAGCGCUAAAACAGUUUGAUAAUUUGACAAAGAACACGACGUGGAAAGAUAAUUAUCCAAAUAAAUUUUUUUCCUCAAUCGGAUGCAAAUAAAAAUUGAAAAUAACAAACCAAAUAGAAUUCGUUUGGACUAUUCCUUGCUGUAAGUAUUAUUGCAGGAGUCUAAUCUACAAUAAAUUUGGAUGAAUUAUAUUUGUUUCAUUGACCAAUUACCGGUACUUUUUUAACUAAGUAAUGCAUAAUGUAUUGACUUAAAAUACUACAGA